AGAUAACUUUAUUUGUAAAAUUGUAGAAAUGUUUGAAGCAGUUGAUGGUGUGUGCUAUUUUACAGCGCAAUGGUAUUAUAGAGCCAAGGAGACUGUCAUCACAUCAUGUGAUCAGUUUGUUGACCCUCGCCGUGUAUUCUUUUCUGAAAUCAAGGACGAUAAUAACGUUGACUGCCUAGUAAAUAAAGUCAGCAUACAUUGCAUACCAUACAAUGGAAAUUAUGUUUCAAGGGAUAUAAUUCCACCUGAAUCUGAUUUUUAUUGUGAUAUAAUAUGAUGUAUGUUGUUCCUUGCUCCACAUUUCUGAACCUGCCACACGAUUUCACUGCUGCCAAUGUGUCCACUUCCACAAUAUCUAGUGAGUCCGAUGGGGUAGAAGUUAGAGAGCUUAAUUCAGAGAAAACGCUCUUGGAUAUUUAUUCUGGUUGUGGCGGAAUGUCCAUAGGACUAUGUUUAGGAGCAAAUAGUUGCAAUGUUAAUUUGGUUACAAAAUGGGCUGUUGAUAUGAAUGGACCUGCAUGUGAUAGCUUAAGACUAAACCACCCAGAGACAAAUGUGAUGAAUGUGCUAGCUGAUACAUUUUUGGCCCUUUUAAAAGAAUGGCAGUUGCUUUGUGCCUCUUGUAUGUUGAUAACUAGAAACUGCUCCCCUCACCCUAAUUUGGAUAUGUCAACAAGUGAUGAGGAAGAAGAAGAGAGCAUUGAUGAUGAUGAUGAUGAUGAUGAUGAUGAUAAUGGAGGUGAAGUGCACGGAUGGGUAUGCUUGCAGGUGGAGCAUAUGGCCUCUCAUAAUUUCGCAUGUGUGUCUUUUUGUGGGGUGCCCUUCAAGGAGAGAAGCUGCCACAAUUUCCUUUGCCAGCCCACAAAGUUGAUAGUAGAGGGAGGCGUCAUUUCCAAAGAGUUUGAGUGCAACAAUGUUGAUUAUGAAAACCAUGAUGUCAACCUAAAGGACGCACUCUUUCUUGAAGAUGCCAUUUCCGAUCUUCCUAAGGUUGAGAAUACUGAGGUUAGAGAAGAGAUGCAUUAUGUUGAUGAUCCAAAAACUCAUUUUCAGCGGUUUAUAAGACUUGGGCGAGAUGGUGUGCUUGGACAAGUUUUGUACGAUUAUUGUCCAUUACAGUUGAAUGAAGACGAUUAUCAACGCGUAUGCCAUGUUCCAAAGAGGAAGGGCACAAAUUUCAGAGAUUUACCUGGUGUUCGCGUGGUUGGCAAUAAGGUUGAGUUGGAUCCAAAUGUCGAAAGAGUGUAUUUGCCUUUUGGGAAGCCAUUGGUACCUAACUAUGCUAUCUCUUUUGUGAAAGGAACUUCGACCAAGCCAUUCAAAAGAUUAUGGUGGGAUGAAACUGUCCCAACCGUUGCCACCAGGGCUGAGCCUCACAAUCAGGCCAUUUGGCACCCUGUCCAAGACCGAGUUCUCACAAUCAUAGAAAACGCGCGGUUACAGGGAUUUCCUGAUUACUACAAGCUUUGUGGCUCCAUCAAAGACAAGUACACACAAGUGGGAAAUGCAGUUGCUCUUCUAGUUGCCAAAGCUUUAGGUUACUCAUUAGCUCUCUCAUUCAAAGGCUUGUCUGAAGCAGCUGCCAUGUUUACAUUGCCCGAAGGAUAUGACGCGAUUCAAGAGUUACCAGUUGAUCAAACGUCUUUUGCCGAAUUUCCAUAAUGAAGUUUUUGAAGGUUAUUAUUGAUUGCGCUACGGCAUACAGUUUUUUAAAGUAAUUAUUCUUUUCUUCUCUGCAUUUGGACAAGUUAAAAAACCCAUUGUUGCAGUAAAAUUUAGUUUGAUGU